AUGCCCGCCGCGUCCCGCUGAAUGGCGCCGCUCCGCCCGCUGCUGCUGCCGCUGCUGCUGCUGCCAGGAGUGUGGUGCUUUAGCGAACUGUUUUUUGUGAAAGAGCCUCAGGACGUUACUGUCUCAAGGAAGGAUCCGGUGGUUUUAGACUGCCAAGCCCGUGGUGAAGCUCCUAUAACCAUUACAUGGCUGAAAAAUGGAGGCAAAGUGUCUGAAAAUGAACGGAUCUACACUUUAUCCAAUGGCUCGUUGUAUAUCAGUGAGGUGGAAGGAAAAAAAGGAGAGCUGUCUGAUGAAGGAUUUUACCAGUGUUUAGCUCUGAACAAAUAUGGGGCCAUUCUCAGUCAAAAAAGCCACCUCACUCUAGCAACCAUUUCUGCAUUUGAAGUCCAGCCACUUUCAGCUGAGGUCCAAGAAGGUGGAGUAGCUCGAUUUGCCUGUAAAAUAACAGCAAACCCUCCUGCCACUGUGACAUGGGAAGUGAAUAGAACGACUUUACCUUUAGUCAUGGACAGGAUAACGGCUCUGCCCACAGGAGUUCUUCAGAUCUAUGGUGUGGAACAGAGGGAUGCUGGGAAUUACCGAUGUGUUGCCACAACAACAGCCAACAGACGUAAAAGCACCGAGGCAGUGCUGAGUGUUAUCCCAGCCUCCGACUUGAAGCCUUUUCACAAGCCAUCCAUAAUAGCUGGUCCUCAAAACAUUACAGCAUCUCUUCAUCAAACUGUCAUACUGGAGUGUGUAGCCACAGGGAAUCCAAAGCCAAUCAUCUCAUGGAGUCGGUUAGACCAUAAGUCCAUUGAUGUGUUCAAUACCCGUGUCCUCGGCAACGGGAACCUCAUGAUCUCUGACGUGAAGGUGCAGCACGCAGGUGUGUACGUCUGCCGGGCCACCAUUCCAGGCACACGGAACUUCACGGUGGCGAUGGCAACUCUCACCGUGCUGGCUCCACCUUCAUUCGUGGAAUGGCCGGAAAGCUUAACAAGGCCUAGAGCUGGUACUGCUCGUUUUGCUUGUCAGGCAGAAGGAAAUCCUGCCCCCAAAAUUUCAUGGUUAAAAAAUGGAAGGAGAAUACAUUCCAAUGGUAGAAUAAAAAUGUACAACAGUAAAUUGGUGAUUAACCAGAUCAUUCCUGAGGAUGAUGCCAUUUACCAGUGCAUGGCUGAGAACAGCCAGGGAUCUAUUCUCUCCAGGGCCAGACUUACUGUAGUUAUGUCAGAAGACAGGCCCAGUGCACCUUACAACGUCCAUGCUGAAACCAUGUCGAGCUCAGCAAUCCUGCUGGCGUGGGAGAGGCCGCUCUAUAACUCGGACAAAGUGAUUGCAUACUCGGUGCAUUACAUGAAAGCAGAAGGUUUAAAUAAUGAGGAGUACCAAGUGGUCAUUGGAAAUGAUACAACCCAUUACAUUAUUGAUGACUUGGAGCCAGCCAGCAACUACACCUUCUAUAUUGUAGCUUAUAUGCCUCUGGGAGCCAGUCAGAUGUCAGAUCAUGUGACUCAGCACACCCUUGAAGAUGUUCCCUUGAGAGCUCCUGAAAUCAGUUUGACGAGCAGGAGUCCCACAGAUAUUCUGAUAUCUUGGCUGCCAAUUCCUGCAAAAUACAGGAGAGGUCAGGUCGUCCUGUACCGUCUGUCCUUCCGCCUCAGCACAGAGACCAAAAUCCAGGUCCUAGAGCUUCCAGGGACUGCAGAUGAGUAUCUCCUUGAAGGCCUGAAGCCUGACAGUGUGUACUUGGUUCGUAUCACUGCUGCAACAAGGAUUGGCUGGGGAGAGGCGUCUUUGUGGACUUCGCACCGAACUCCCAAAGCUACAAGUGUGAAAGCACCAAAGUCUCCCGAGCUGCGUUUGGAGCCCAUGAACUGCACGACCAUUUCAGUGCAGUGGCAGCAGGACUCUGAGGACACGGCAGCUGUGCAGGGGUACAAGCUGUAUUACAAGGAAGAGGGGCAGCAGGAGAACGGGCCCAUUCUGUUGGAUGCCAGUGAUCUUGAAUACACUGUCAGUGGUUUAGAUCCUAGAAGAAAGUAUCAUGUAAGGCUGCUGGCAUACAACAAUAUGGAAGAAGGUUAUCAGGCAGACCAAACAGUCAGCACUCCAGGAUGCGUCUCUGUCCGUGAUCGCAUGGUGCCGCCUCCACCACCUCCUCACCACCUCUAUGCCAAAGCAAACACUUCAUCUUCCAUCUACCUUCACUGGGGGAAACCUGCCUUUACAUCUGCACAGCUCAUCAACUACACCGUGCGCUGCAACCCCGUGGGGCUGCAGAACGCGUCCCUGGUGCUCUACCUCCAAACGUCAGAGACUCAUAUGUUAGUUCAAGGUCUUGAGCCAAAAACUAUGUAUGAAUUUGCAGUUCGGUUACAUGUGGACCAACUCUCCAGUCCCUGGAGUCCUGUAGUCUACCACACUACCCUCCCAGAAGCACCAUCUGGCCCUCCAGUAGGAGUGAAGGUGACUUUGAUAGAGGAUAAUACUGCUUUGGUUUCCUGGAAGCCACCUGAUGGUCCUGAAACAGUGGUUACACGAUACACUAUCCUCUAUGCAUCCAGGAAGUCUUGGAUUGCUGGGGAAUGGCAAGUGUUGCACAGAGAAGGAGCAAUGACCAUGGCUUUGCUGGAAAAUCUUGUAGCAGGAAACAUCUACUUGGUUAAAAUAGCAGCCUCCAAUGAAGUGGGAGAAGGACCCUUCUCAAAUGCAGUGGAAUUUGCUGUCCUGCCGAAGGAGACAUCGGAGUCUAAUCAGAGACCUAAACGCUUGGAUUCCGGAGAUUCCACAACUUAUUCUGACUAUUACCAUCUGGACCAGAAAUCAAUGACUGGCAUUGUUGUUGGGGUUUGCAUAGCCUUGACCUGCAUCCUUAUCUGCAUCCUGAUCUUAAUUUAUCGAAGUAAAGCCAGGAAAACAUCUGCUCCUAAGCCAGUGCAGCAAAACACUGACCAGCUGUCACAUACCAGCAUCUCAUUAGCCAGUGCUAAUGAGGUGGAGAAGAAUAUUGAAGGAAUUGCAGAGAAUGAAGAAUCCUUAUUGCCAAUGAUAGUGGGAAACAGCUUCAUCGAUGCUAAGGGAGGAUCUGAUCUGAUUAUUAACAGCUAUGGGCCUGUGACAAAGGCUAACAGCAAGAAAAGGUGGCUGUUUUUCCAAGAUACUAAGAAGGUGAAGACUGAGGAGCCUCCGAGGAGGUUUGUGCAGGCAGUGUGUCUGUACCAGCCCGGCCCCACCGUCCUGGUCAGCGAGGACUCCCCCGGCUCUCCGGGCCAGCCUCCCAACUUCCAGGUGCCGUUCGGCAUCGCUGCCGACACGGAGCAUUCGGCCAACAGCGAGGGGAGCCACGAGACCGGCGACUCGGGCAGGUUUUCUCAUGAAUCCAACGAUGAGCUACAUCUCUCCUCUGUGACCGGCGCCACCCCUCCCGCCAGCAGUCCUUUCGUGAGCAGUGACUCGGGUACGAACGUGAUGAGCCCGGCCGUGAGUGACUGCACAGAGUCUGCUCUGCUGUUUGCUGCUGACCAGACUCCUACCUCACCUCAGAUCCACCCUGCAGUGCAGAACUGA